AUGCUGGUCACGGAACAGCGUACGCCUCAAGCUCUGUCGGGGGACUUCACGGCCACCAGCGCAGUCCCCGCGCUGUGCGCCGCGCGGAGGGGCAUCAUCGACAAGGUCAAGCAGAAACUACAGGACGCGCAGGACACGGCCAAGAAGGCGACCGAGUCGCUGGCGGACAAGGACGGGGCGAUGAAGGACUCGGCGGACGCGCUGAAGAGCUUCGCGGGGGCCUUCACGGAGGGCCUGAGGGAGGAGUUCGGCGCCAAGGGCGCAGGGGGGGGCAAGGGGGGCAAGAGGGGGGGGGUUGAGGACAAGGCGGGGGGGUCGGAGGAGGCGGCGGGUGCGGCAGCGGAGGAGGCCGGGCAGCGGGAGUCCCGUGGGGCGGCGGAGGGGGAGCAGGCGGCGGGCGCGGGCGCGGGGCGGGCGGCGUCAGGGGGGGGGGUCGGGAGGGUGUUCGCGCUGCUGAAGGCGGCGCUGGGGCCGGAGGACGCCGGGCGGAGCAAGUCGAUCCGCAGCCACGGGCUCGCGAAGCCCGAGCAGCCCGACGCCAGCACCGCCACGGACAUCGUCACCAGUCAGGCGCGCAAGUCCGAGUGGGAGAAGCGCUUCGACGGUCUCCGCGACUGGGCGGGCCGCGCGGGCGUCACGAAGGGCUACGAUGCCGUCGCGAGCAGCGCGACGCUGCAGCGCCUGCGCGAGGCCGCGGACGACGCCCGCGAGCGCUGGGAGACCUGGGACCACCCGCUCGCGCACCGCAUCCAGGACGCCGUCGACCGCGUCGCCACGCAGCCCGAGGCCGCGCAGGCCCUCGAGGAGGCGCGCCGCCGCGACCCCUCCUUCUUCCUGCCGGGCUUCGUGCUCUCCAUCGCCGGCGACGUGCGCGACAUCGUCGUCGCGGAGCUCAGGGGCGACGAGGACGUCCUGAAGGAGUUCUGCAGCGAGGAGCUCGUCGAGCGGCUCACGGCGCAGUCGCGGGCGGUCAAGGAGCAGCUCGGGGAGCCGGACACUCGGAUCCUGCACGCGCGGGAGCCGCAGCUGGUGUCGGUGAAGCUGAUCGAGGGGGACCCGAUCGUGGUGGUGCAGGUGGAGGUGCAGCGCGUGCACUGCAUCCGGGACAAGUUCGGGAACGUCGUCGAGGGGGGGCCUGACGAGAUCCGGGCGGUGUUCUACCACUGGGCGCUGCAGAUGGACAAGGCCGGGUUCUUCGACGAGGACGGCGAGUGGCAGCCGCCGCGGUGGCAGAUCGCGGACUUCGCCGUCCUCGGCGCCCACGCGCUGCUGUGA